CACCAUACUGCCGAGGUUCAUUUCAUGGGUAUUUGGAAAGGCUGGCUGAGGGAGUGAGUGAGCGAAAGGUGGAGAGUGCUAGGCUUUAAGGUUCACAUUCUUUUUAGGCUGGCGGCUGACCUAAGCGUGCACCCCCCGACGAGAACGAUUUCGACCGUGCGGAGGCUAAUGAAAGCGACUGGAAUGAGAGAAAAAUAAAGUGAGAGCUGAUUUAGGAGUAAAGGAACGACAAGCAGAGGCACCGCGGUGGUAGACACCAGCCAGACAACCGUUAGCUACCGACGGAGAGAGAGAGAAAAGGAAAAAAUUAAAAGGGGGACGGUUUGACAUUUGUGUAAAGCGCACAGAGUAACCAAGUUGUGGAAACCUUAGUACACCGGGUAUGGCAGACGCAGACGUCGACUUCCAGACAGGCGAUGCCGGGGCAUCCGCCACCUUCCCCCAGCAGUGCUCGGCCCUGCGCAAGAACGGCUUCGUGGUGCUGAAGGGACGACCCUGCAAGAUCGUGGAGAUGUCCACCUCCAAGACCGGAAAACAUGGCCACGCUAAGGUCCACAUGGUUGGUAUUGACAUCUUCAACGGCAAGAAGUAUGAGGAUAUCUGUCCCUCCACCCACAACAUGGACGUCCCCAACAUCAAGAGACUGGACUACCAGUUGAUUGGGAUCACGGAUGGUUACCUGUCUCUGCUCCAGGACAGUGGUGAGGUGAGAGAGGACCUGAAGAUGCCAGAGGGAGACAUGGGCAAAGAGAUCGAAACCAAGUACGACGCUGGAGAGGAAAUUCUGAUCACUGUUCUGUCUGCAAUGAAUGAGGAGGCUGCAGUUGCCAUCAAGGCCAUGGCUAAAUAAGACACUACAGGGGUUAACAAGAUGCACUGGAUCUGAAAAAGGAGGGAAUACGGCCAUGUCAAUGCUAUUCUCUCUUUCUUUUUUAAAUUUUUCGUUAACUCUCCCUCUGUACUUUCUCACCCUUCUCUGGGUAAAAUUGGAAACAAAUUUCAAUAAAUAAUUGGAAAUUGCAAACAGUCAAAACAUUCUCUCUAUAUAUACACACACAGCAUACAAGUCAGCACCAGUACACACACACAGACAGCAUACAAGUCAGCACCAGUACACACACAGCAUACAAGUCAGCACCAGUACACACACAGCAUACAAGUCAGCACCAGUAAGUACACACACACGGCUUACAAGUCAGCACCAGUACACACACACACACAGCAUACAAGUCAGCACCAGUACACACACAGCAUACCAGUCAGCACCAGUACACACACAGCAUACAAGUCAGCACCAGUACAGACUAAUGGAGAAAGAAGUGCUCUCACAGACAUGCCGCCUGUAAGGGCGUAGCUAGCUACUGCACCUACAGUCAGGGGAGGGCCGGUGGAAAUGUCUCAAAUGUCUUUUUUGUAAAUUCUCUCCUGAUUGAUCAAGGGCUUCUUCAACUCUAGAUUUAUGAUGAGUGAUGCUGUUCUGUUUAGGAGCGCUGUGCUCGUAAUGUUGCAAUAGAAAUAUAGAACUGGCACCAUUUUCAAUGUAACAAUGGAGACUUGUCAGGUCUAUACAUUACUAUCUGAUUUUCAGUGAUCCGCCCUUCUGAAUGAGCCCCAUAUGUCCUAUUCAAUAUUGUGUGUAUCGUAUAUCACCUAAACUUGUCUGUUAAAAGAUGCCAGGAUCAGACCUUUCAGAGUAGGAGUUGAACAAGCGUCACACAGAAGCAUUUGGGAGAAAGGAAACUCGCAUGCCAAUUCCAGUGUUGCACAAGUAUCUGAUUGAGACCACGUACAGGACCUUUCAGCAAAGAACUUAGGAACCACAAUCGGUCCCUUGUCUUCCAUUUCCCUCGACACCUUGGCAAAGACCCUUAGAGGCUGCCAACAGAGCAGGUAGCUAGCAAGUAGACACACUGAGUCACCUAUAGGGAGAGGCACCAAGUAGUUGACCCAUUAUUACUUUGUACAAACUCAUGAGAAAGUUAUGGCAUGUUUUUUGCUUUAUUGUAUUCACAAAGAAGUCCAAACUGUGCAGAACGUCUCUCACCCCAAACAAAAUUAAAGACAAAUUGUUAAA